CCAAAAAUAAAAAAAUACAGUAAAAUUGAGUUCGCAGCCUGAAAACUCCAAAACCUCACAGAUCAGAAGAGCGAAGACGAAGACCCCUCAACUAUUCAAAAUCCCUAAAAAACCCCAUAUUAAAGUCGCUGCAUUUUCAAAUUCAACCUCCUCUAAUUAUUACGCACAAGAACAAACAGCAAGAAAACGGUGGGAGCAGACAAUUGAUCACUCUCACCGUUUCUGUGAGAUGAGCAGAGUGUCCAAGUUUGAAAUCUUCGAUUCGCUUCCGGCAUAGCUGGCAAACGGCGUCGUAUUGUUUUCUGGGUUCUUUUUUAGUACCUUUUGUGCUGAAUGGCUAAGCGCGUGCACCAAGUAUGGAAGGGUAACAAUGUGAGAUUUCUUCCGUUUUUUCUCAUUUUCUUGAGUUUAAUUUUUAUGGGCGUCUGUUUAAUUUUGUGGGAGGUUAUCUUUUUCAGCUUAGCUUCAUAUGGAAAUGUUGGCAUAUUUGCUCGUGUCGUUAUCUUUUGUGUUUUUGUUGCAAGGCAUCUUCGGCAUCAAUUCACAUCCUAUAAUGCAGGAUAUGCAAUCAUUGUAGCUGCUAUAGUCUUCACCAUUCAUGUGCUAGUCUUGUUGUUUCUAACAUCAUCCCGAGACCCCGGAAUUGUGCCACGCAAUUCACAUCCUCCAGAAGAAGAUAUUCGUUAUGAUAAUUCUGCAUCGGUGGAGAUUGGCGGAAGGCAGACACCAAGCCUCCAGUUCCCACGAACCAAAGAAGUAAUGGUCAAUGGGCUCCCUGUCAGAGUUAAAUAUUGUGAUACUUGUAUGUUAUAUCGUCCUCCUCGUUGUUCACACUGCUCGAUUUGCAAUAAUUGUGUCGAGCGUUUUGAUCAUCACUGCCCUUGGGUAGGCCAGUGCAUAGGAUUGCGAAACUACCGUUAUUUCUUCUGUUUCGUUUCCUCGGCAGCACUUCUUUGCAUCUAUGUGUUUUCAAUAUCAGCUUUCUAUGUCAAGGUUUUGAUGGAUGAUCAUAAAGGUACUGUGUGGAAGGCAAUGAAGGAAUCUCCUGCAUCCGUGGUUCUGAUGGGUUACUGUUUCAUAUCAUUAUGGUUUGUCGGUGGGCUGACUGGAUUUCACCUUUAUCUAAUAAGCACUAAUCAGACUACCUAUGAGAACUUCCGGUACAGAGCUGACAACAGGAUCAAUGUCUAUAAUCGUGGUUGCUUAAACAACUUUUUCGAAGUAUUUUGUACAAAGGUGAAGCCUUCAAAGAACAACUUCCGAGCUUUGGUGCAGGAGGAAUCCCAGAGGCCACCGAUGCCUACUUCUAGGGACAAUGCUGAGCCAGAGGAAACGGGAGAUGACCGACGUAUGAAGGUGGAAGAUGAUUUAGACAUCGGUGGAGAUCUUUUGAAGAUCUCACAGCGUCAUAACAUUGAAGACAUUGAAGCAGACAUUCGUAGUAGAGGAAGCGAUGUGCCCCAUCACAAUUUAUCUGAAGUAGAUUCUGUGUUGGGUUCUAACAGAAGGCCCCCUGCCGUGCAAUUAGAAACAACGCGACGCACAAGUUGGGGGAAAAGUGGUAACUGGGAAAUUGGAAACGAGGGCAGCUUUGUUACUCCGAAAGAAGCAUUCCAAUGAGUGUGCUGAAGAGCAGUAGGCGGGCACCGGACGUAAAGCGGUAAACUUGCAAACUCGAAGGAUAUUCAUCUUUGCAUUUUGAUAUUGGAAGAAAAAUGCCAUCUUAUAUUCAAUUCAAGGCCGAGAUGAUUCCUUUUUACUACCUGUUUAGGCUAUGAUUUGUGCUACCAUUCUUCUCUUGCGCCUUGGACCAAAAACUAAUCUUUACCUUCUUUUUAUUAUUUUUAUGAAAAAUGUGAAGGUUCCUUACUUUUGUAUUUUCCCCAAACAGUCCUAUUUGGUGUCUGUAGUCGUGUGGGUUUUAUGAAUCGGUAUUCUUUGUGUAAUUAACUUUUUUACAUAGAUUUGGCAAGAUAUUUAUUUCAAGGCUUUACCACGAUCAACAUUGUAUCAACUAUAUUCUGUUGUAAAUCGAUAUGAUUCUGUUGUAAAUCAA